CGUAAACUCAAUUUUAUUUAUCCAUAUUUUCGGUUAUAAAUGUACCUUUUAUUUUAUUGUUGUUUUAUCCAGUAAAAUCAGUAAAAUCGUAAAUUAUAAAAUGAAGUUAAUUUUAGUUUUUUCUAAAAUGAAAUAAAAGAUUGAAACUCUGGCCCUAACCUUAUCGAAUGUAGUUGUUUUAUUAUGGGUAAUUCCAAACCAUCUUCACUCUGCUAUCACUGUACUGUUAGUGAAAAUGGAAAAGGCUGUUACAAGGAUAAAUGUGUUGAUGAUUCAGAGAAAAAUGGCCCUGAUAAUUUAAAAUCCUUCAAGGAAUCCUUAUACGCAGCUUAUCUCAAGGCCAUGUCCUUAAAAACUAUUUUUUCAGCUUCAUUCUCAGACUUUUUGAACUACUUCGGCAGCUUUAUGGACGAUGAUGUAACCUUGAAUGAACAAAACUCCUUCCAACUCAAGUACUCCCGGUUCCCUGAUAAUGUUUUGCGGUGUGAUAGCUGUUUGUGUUACUUCUCUGCGUCUUCUUUCUGUCACUGUAAGGACUGCUCUGGCGGAGAAGAGUGCCACUAUGUAAUACUGAUGCACGGAAUUAUUUCCACUCCUCUAAUGAUGACUGAUAUAUGCAUAGCACUGCUGGAAGCUUAUCCCAAUUUGUUUGUUUACUUUCCAGUCUCAGCGUGUAAAAAAACUCUCAGAGGCACUUCGUACGUCAUCAGGCUCAUUAUUGACGAACUGAAGUUAUUGUUUGCCAAAAUUCCCAGUAAUUUCAAACUAAGCUUAAUAGGCCAUUCAUAUGGCGGAAUACUUUUGAGAUAUUUUUUGUUGUACUAUUUGUUGAAUAAAAAAAGGUUUUUUGGAAUAACUUCCAAUGCCCCAAAUGACACUAACCAUACCACUCCUUAUAGUUCUAAACCUUCUGAUUCCGAUAAUACUGGUUGUAAUGAUGUGCUAGACCAUGAUUAUACCUUUUUUAGUAAAGAGAUUGUUUGGAAGAACUUUAUUUUUGUUGCAACUCCGCUUGCCGGCACGUUUGAAAACAAUUUGGAGUUUAUGAGACUGGCUAACCUGAUUGGAUCCGACACAAUCUCAGAAUUGGACAACAAAACAAUCGAUCUGUUAUUUUUACUAAAGAGUGAAGGUUUUUUAGAUAAAUUUGAGAAAGUUGUAGCCUACGGGAAUAUUUCAGGCGACAUGAUGGUGGCUCCCAGGACCUCACUGAUCUUACCGAACUAUCUGGUUACUGACGAGAAGCUGCGUGAAAUAGCUAAAGUGUUGUACAAAUACCCGGGCCAGCCAGCGAACAUUAAUAUGAAUAACGAGAACUUGCAGCUAGUGUUCGACAAUGUCACCAAGGUCAUACAUAACAGUAAUCCCCAUUCAACCGAUGACUCUUUUGCUGAUGAAUUGACUGACAGAUUUAACCAGUUGUUGGACAAUAAGAUUAAAAACACAAACCACAUGAAAUUCAUUGAAGAUAUGCUGGACAAUAGUCCCCUUUUCACCGCUGAAGAUAAAUUGAAGUUUACCAAGGUCAUCAGUGACAUUGUCAGGACUGGCAAUGUUGACGAGUUUGAUAAGUUUGACGAUGACGACUUUUUCUACCACCAGAUUUUAAUGGGCCUCCUGGACAAGUUGAAGAUUAUAAAAUUCGCUGUAUAUAUUCCCAGAAUUCACUUUCCUCACAGGUCAAUCAUAACUUAUCAGUCUCCGAUUUCAAAUGAAAGGUACACUUAUCAAAUACUAGAAAACAUGGUCAAUAUAUUUGAAAAAUAA